AUGCCACAUCUGUCACCUGAGCAGCACCUCCAGGCACUGGGCACAAGAGACUUAAGCGGACCUGGAGGCCCAAGUGCAGCUGAAAGCCUGCAGUUCCCCCUGUGUCCAGUAGGAGUCAGUAUGAAGCUGAACAUUGUUUUAUUCACCGUGUUUGAACAAACUAUCGUCCAGUUCGAGGAGGAGAUUGAUCGACAACGUAGACUUUUGGAAAUCAGCUUGAAACCGCAAACCAACUUCAACAGAGCAGAGACUCAGCAGCAACACAUUGGUGAGCAGAAGACAAUCUCCAGUCUGAAGCAGGAGGAACGUGAAGCUCCACACAUUAAAGCAGAAGAGGAUCUUGUUGAGGUGUCUGUUAUCGAUGGUGAAAGAGAGAAUUCCCUCGACUCUGUGAGGGACUUGACCACCCAGAGACUAACUGCAGCUGCUGUGGAAAUAUUCACCCUGUUUCAACAAACGAUCGUCCAGUACGAGGAGGAGAUUGAUCGUCAGCGCAGACUGCUGGAAAUCAACUGGAGUCCUCAAAUCAAGUUAUACAGAACAGAGCUCCCACAGUACCAUGACUGUAGAGAAGAGCAGCUCCGUAAACAGGAAACAAACUGCUGUCAAGAGCAGGAAGAACCUGGACAUCCACAGAUCAAACGGGAAGAAGAAGAACCAGAACCUCUAAAGAUCAAAGAGGAGGAAGAAGAAGAACCAGAAUUUCCACAGUUUAAAGAGGAGGAGGAGGAAUGUGGUACCAGCCAGAGGGGAGAGCAGCAUAUUGUGAAGUUUGAAAGUGAUUCUUUUAAAAUUUCUUCUAUUGAUGAGCAAACUUACCAGAGUAAACCUGAAGAAGUACCGGACGCUGAGCAGUUCCUCUCUCAGGACUCUGAAGUCCACCGGGUGAAAGAACAGAUUGAUGCAGAAUCAACUAGAAAUGCAGAACAGAACGUCAUCAGCAUAUUUCACAGUGACAGUGUGGAAACAUUUCCUGUGUCAGAGAAGCAGGCUGAAUGUGAAGAAACAUGUGGUGAAACUGUCUGUAAAAACCACAAAUUAUGUCAUAAGGUUGAAACGGUCACUGAUAAGAUGGUAAUUUGUGAAAUGCAUGGCAACAGUUUGACCCGUCAUGAUAAUUUGAAGAUACACAUGAGACUUCACACAGGAGAGAAGCCGUAUUCUUGUGAAACAUGUGGGAAAUGUUUCAAUAAACACAGUAAUUUGUCGGUCCACAUGAGAAGUCACACAGGUGAGAAGCCUUAUUCGUGUGAAACGUGUUUGAAAAGUUUCAGUCACAAGUCUUAUUUGUCGAUCCACAUGAGAAUUCACACAGGUGAGAAGCCUUAUUCUUGCAGAACAUGUCGGAAAAGAUUCAGAGGACAGACGAGUUUGCUACACCACUUGAGAACUCACACAGGUGAUAAACCAUAUUCAUGUGAAACAUGUAGAAAAUGUUUUGGUCAAAAGUCCCAUUUGUUGGCCCACAGGAGGACUCACACAGGUGAGAAGCCGCAUUCUUGUGAAACAUGUAGGAAGAGAUUCAGAAGACGGAGUCAUUUGUUGCACCAUAUGAGAACUCACACAGGAGAGAAGCCGUAUUCCUGUGAAACGUGUCAGAAAAGUUUCAGUCAAAAGAGUGUUUUGUUGCGCCACAUGAGAACUCACACAGGUGAGAAGCCGCAUUCUUGUGAAACAUGUAGGAAGAGAUUCAGAAGACGGAGUCAUUUGUUGCGCCAUAUGAGAACUCACACAGGAGAGAAGCCGUAUUCCUGUGAAACAUGUCAGAAAAGUUUCAGUCAAAACAGUGUUUUGUUGCGCCACAUUAGAACUCACACAAGUGAGAAGCCGUAUUCUUGUGAAACAUGUGAGAAAAGUUUCAGUCAAAACAGUAGUUUGUUGCAACACGUGAGAAUUCACACAGCCGAGAAACAAUAUUUUUGUAAAACGUGUGAGAAAAGUUUCAAUCAACACAGUGAUUUGUUGCUCCACAAGAAAACUCACAAACGUGAGAAGCCGUAUUCUUGUCAAACAUGUGGGAAAAGUUUCAGGCAACCGUGUGAUUUGUUGCGCCAUAUGAGAACUCACACAGGUGAGAAGCCGUAUUCUUGUGAAACGUGUGGGAAAAGUUUCAGUCAACGGAGUCAUAUGAUACGCCACAAGAGAACUCACACAGGUGAGAAGCCGUAUUCUUGUGAAACGUGUCAGAAAAGUUUCAGUCAAAAGAGUGUUUUGUUGCGCCACAUGAGAACUCACACAUGUGGGAGAAGAUUUUCUCAUCGUAAUUCACUGCUGCACCACCUGAAAUCUCACAAACAGAUGAAGUCAUGAAAGACUGUGAGAGAUCUCAUUCAGGAAGUCCAGCUUUAGUCCAAAUUUGCAAGAUAUCUAUUUUGAAAGAAACGUUACUGAUGUAAUCCCGGCUGAGGCAGUAGCCCUGUUUACAAGGAUUCAAUAAUCCAACUAUGACAUCAAUUAGAUUGUAAACAUCUCGUGUAAGCACCUAAGUCUAUCAGAUUCACUCAGAUUGGAUUAAAUUUCAGAUCAAAUUGUAGGAGUUUGUGUGCUCUGAUUAAUAAUGUACUUGAUGCCUCGUGUAAACAGCUGAAGACAGUGGACCGAGUUAUGCCAGCAGUCCUGGUCGUGCGCUCUCUUGUACAUAGUCAUGUAAUGAUAAUCGGACUGACCACCUACA